GCGUGAGCCGAACGAGGCGGGCGAGCGGUCGGUGGGUGCAAAGUGGAGGAAAAAUAUAUUUUUAAAAUAAUAAUAAUAAUCGACCCGAAAGACUUACAAAGAAACUCUCAAGACAAAUCGUACCUCCCACCAUGGUCCAGCAAGCGGAAAGUCCAGAAUCGGAGAACAACCUGCCCAGAGAAGCGAUGGAUACCGAAGAAGGGGAGUUUAUGGCGUGCAGCCCGGUAGCGCUGGAUGAGAGCGAUCCGGAUUGGUGCAAAACGGCCUCGGGGCACAUCAAGAGACCGAUGAACGCCUUCAUGGUGUGGUCCAAGAUCGAGCGAAGAAAAAUCAUGGAGCAGUCGCCGGACAUGCACAACGCCGAGAUCUCCAAGCGCCUGGGCAAGCGGUGGAAAAUGCUCAAGGACAGCGAAAAGAUCCCGUUCAUCCGGGAAGCCGAAAGACUGCGCCUUAAACACAUGGCCGAUUAUCCCGAUUACAAAUACAGGCCGAGGAAAAAGCCCAAAAUAGACCCGUCCGCCAAACCCAGCGCUAACCACAGCCCGGAGAAAAACACACCCACCAGUACCGGCAGCGGCAACAGCAACGGCGGCAAGAGCGCCAAAAGCUCCAGUAAGAAAUGUAGCAAAGGGAAAACCACCUCCUCCUCCUCUUCCUCCUCCUCUUCCUCGUCGUCGUCUCCCCCGAAGGCCGGGACGAAGCUGGCUCCCCACCCGGGCGACUACGGGGGAGAGGAUUACCACCAAUUCGGGACGCUGAAAGUGAGCAGCAAGACCAUCAAGUGCGUCUUCAUGGACGAGGAUGAAGAGGAGGAGGAGGACGACGACGACUUGCAGCUGCGGAUCAAGCAGGAGGAGGACGACGACGAGGAGGAAGAGGACCACCAGCAGCAGCAGCAACAGCAGCAGCAGCAGCAGCAGCAGUUGAGGCGGUACAACGUAGCCAAAGUCCCGGCCAGCCCUACCUUGAGCUCCUCGGCAGAGUCCACCGAAGGGGCCAGCCUGUACGAAGAGGUGAGGGGGGGUGCCACCGCGCAUGGCGCCAGCGCCAGCAGACUCUACUACGGCUUCAAGAGUAUGCCCAAGAGCGCCCAGCAGCCCAGCCUGUCCCCGGCUUCUUCCCGGUCCGUCUCCACCUCCUCCUCCUCCUCUUCUUCCAGCAGCAGUAGCGAAGAGGCGGACGACCUGAUGUUUGACUUGAGCUUGAAUUUCUCCCAGCACACUCACGCCGCCUCGGAGAUGGGCGUGAGCUCCGCGGCGGGCAACCUGUCCCUUUCCCUCGUGGAUAAGGAUUUGGAUUCGUUCAGCGAGGGUAGCUUGGGCUCUCACUUCGAGUUCCCCGAUUACUGCACCCCGGAGCUGAGCGAGAUGAUCGCAGGCGACUGGCUGGAAGCGAACUUUUCCGACUUGGUUUUCACUUACUGAAGAAGCGAGAGAGGGCGGGAGGGAGAGAGGAAGCAAGAGGAAAAAGCGACGGGCAGGCGAACAGGCUGAGAGAGAGAGAGAGAGAGAUAUCAAAAGGACUGAGAAAAAAAAAAGAAAAAAAUCGGUAAUGGAAAGUUGAUGCUAGUGAUUUACGCUUAA